AUUGUGAGUCGGUUGUUUUGUUUUCGCAAAUAUUACGAAAAUGGAUGAAGAAAACAAUGUGGAAAUUCAACUGAAUGUUAGCAUGAUAGAAAUGCCAGACAAUCCCACACCAGAAGAUGUCGGUCAAGCAAUAUUAUUGAUAGAGCAAUAUAAUAGUGAUAAUGCCUUGGAAUCAAGCAACGGGUCAUCAAACUCGGGUGAAACGGUUUCGGGAGAAGAAGAGGCACUUGAAAUCGAAUAUAUCACUAAAAAUAAGCAAAAAAUUUGGGAUGAUUUAAAAAAUGAUGCCGAUGAAGAGGCAUUUCUAAAUCUUGCGUCUUCAACUGGCUAUAGUCCAAACACUUGUCGGGACAUAUACAAAAAUAAAUCCAUUUUAUUGAGUCAAACAAAUGAUGAUUUGUUCGUGAAAGAAAUAAUCGCAAUUGCCAAACGAAAAUUAGGUUAUCAACAGAAACCAUCACCAAACGUCAAAACAGAUGAUUCGAUGAUAGCCUUCCAGAAGGUCACAGAUGGUGUGGCGAACACAAGUCAAGCCGGUGGCCAACAGCUAACCAACGAAGAAGAUGAGAAUUCAAAAGAAUUGGAUAGUAUUGCGGAUCGAAUGAAUACAAAUAUCUACGAUUUUCUACUCAAACUGCCUGGAAUCACCACUCAAAACAUCGCAAAGGUCAUGAUGAAAGUGAAAAAUUUAAAAGAGCUCAUCAAAAUGAAUUUGGAACAACUAACUGAACUUCUGGGCAGUGAAGGAAAUGCAAAGAUGCUAUGGGAGUUUAUUCACAUCACCCACAAGCCAGUCGAAGCCGAAUCAAACGAGAAAUAAUUCAUGUCGAAGUUCAAAAGAGGCAAAGGAAAGCGAUUCUAAGCAAAAAAAAGAUCAAUUGCAUGCAAACAUUUGUUUUGGCUACAAAUAUUCAUAUCAUAAAAUUGAAAUGAAUAAAGUUGUUGAUUUUCGU